CCAGCCCUGCUGAGAUGCGACUGCUCUGCCUGUGUGUGCUGGUGGCCGGCGCUGUGUUCGCCGAUGAGGAUGAUAAGAGGGAGAGUGUUGGGACGGUGGUGGGAAUAGACCUCGGGACCACAUACUCAUGUGUUGGCGUGUUCAAGAACGGGCGUGUCGAGAUCAUCGCGAACGACCAGGGAAACCGCAUCACUCCCUCAUACGUGGCCUUCACCACCGAAGGAGAGCGUCUCAUCGGGGACGCGGCGAAGAACCAGCUGACCUCUAACCCCGAGAACACGGUCUUCGAUGCCAAGCGUCUGAUUGGCCGAACAUGGGGCGACUCCGCCGUGCAGCAGGACAUCAAAUACUUUCCCUUUAAGGUGAUCGAGAAGAAGAACAAGCCUCACAUCCAGCUGGACAUCGGCUCCGGCCAGAUGAAGACGUUUGCGCCGGAGGAGAUCUCCGCCAUGGUUCUGACGAAGAUGAAGGAGACCGCUGAGGCGUACCUGGGAAAGAAGGUCACGCACGCUGUGGUCACGGUUCCCGCUUACUUCAACGACGCUCAGCGCCAGGCCACUAAAGACGCCGGAACCAUCGCCGGCCUGAACGUCAUGAGGAUCAUCAACGAGCCAACGGCGGCUGCGAUCGCGUACGGCCUCGAUAAGAAAGACGGAGAGAAGAACAUCCUGGUGUUCGACCUGGGCGGCGGCACCUUCGACGUGUCCCUGCUGACCAUCGACAACGGCGUGUUCGAGGUGGUGGCCACCAACGGGGACACUCACCUGGGCGGAGAGGACUUCGACCAGCGCGUCAUGGAGCACUUCAUCAAACUCUACAAGAAGAAGACGGGCAAGGACGUGCGCAAGGACAACCGGGCCGUGCAGAAGCUGCGGCGCGAGGUGGAGAAGGCCAAGCGAGCGCUGUCCGCCCAGCACCAGGCCCGCAUCGAGAUCGAGUCCUUCUUCGAGGGAGAGGACUUCUCCGAAACACUGACCCGGGCCAAGUUCGAGGAGCUCAACAUGGACUUGUUCCGCUCCACCAUGAAGCCGGUGCAGAAGGUUCUGGAGGAUUCGGACCUGAAGAAGACCGACAUCGAUGAGAUCGUGCUGGUCGGAGGAUCCACUCGAAUCCCGAAGAUCCAGCAACUGGUGAAGGAGCUGUUCAACGGCAAAGAGCCGUCCCGAGGAAUCAACCCGGACGAGGCGGUGGCGUACGGCGCCGCGGUGCAGGCCGGGGUUCUGUCCGGAGAAGAGGACACCGGUGACCUGGUGCUCCUGGACGUGUGCCCUUUGACCCUGGGCAUUGAGACCGUUGGAGGAGUGAUGACCAAACUCAUUCCUAGGAACACCGUCGUUCCCACCAAGAAAUCCCAGAUCUUCUCCACGGCUUCCGACAACCAGCCGACCGUGACCAUCAAAGUUUACGAAGGUGAGCGUCCCCUGACCAAAGAUAACCACCUUCUGGGGACCUUUGACCUCACCGGGAUCCCCCCGGCCCCUCGCGGCGUCCCUCAGAUCGAGGUCACGUUCGAGAUCGACGUCAACGGCAUCCUGCGCGUCACAGCCGAGGACAAAGGCACCGGGAACAAGAACAAGAUCACCAUCACCAACGACCAGAACCGGCUGACGCCCGAGGACAUCGAGCGCAUGGUGAACGAAGCCGAGCGAUUCGCCGACGAGGACAAGAAGCUGAAGGAGCGGAUCGACUCGCGCAACGAGCUGGAGAGCUACGCCUACUCCCUGAAGAACCAGAUCGGGGAUAAGGAGAAGCUCGGCGGGAAGCUGUCCACCGAAGACAAGGAGGCGAUCGAGAAGGCGGUGGAGGAGAAGAUCGAGUGGCUGGAGUCGCACCAGGAAGCCGACAUCGAGGACUUCCAGGCCAAGAAGAAGGAGCUGGAGGAGAUCGUUCAGCCUAUCGUUAGCAAGCUGUACGGUAGCGCUGGCGGGCCGCCGCCGGAGGAGGGCGAGGAGCAGGGAGACAAGGACGAGCUGUAGAUGCGCAUGGAGAUGAUGUACAUAUUGAACUUUUUUGUACGAAGCCGGCGGCCGUGAAGCCACGAAUCUCUUCGGGGAAAGACUUGUGUUAAAGAGUUGUUGUUGUUUUCUCUUCACUCCGGUGGAGAUUUAGCCUGGUUUUGAGGCUCGAUGCUGCUAUUCUCAGGCAGUUCUGGGAGGGGGGAGGAGGGGGUUCUGGGUAAAGUUUCAUCUGACAUGCUAAAAGUUAUUUAUUGAAAUCUGGCAAACUGUAGAAGAUAUUUCUACCACGAUUAAACAAUAAAAGUUUGAUACAAAA